AUGAGCAUCUUCUCGGGACGCAGCAGCUUCCUCGGCUACGAGACGGAUGUGAUCACCGUCGUCAAGCAGCUCUCGCGCCGACAUCUUCUAUCUCACCAACAAUGGACGCGUUGGAUGGACUUGGCAAAGACAAUCUCUCCUCCCCUCCUCCGCUCCAUCCGCGUCAACAAGAGCACUAACAAGGACAUGAUGAGGAAUCUCGAUGGCCGUCGCCUUGGUGCUGUGGAGAAAGAGAAGAAGAUCCGCAAGUGGUUCGAGAAGAAGGAGGAACGCGAGCGGUUGACCGUCGAGAAAAGAAAGGCCAAGAUCGCCAAGCUGAAAUCGAAGGCCCCGCACGACUUCAAGGAGUCCGAGCAGUUCGAGGAGGAGCGCAAGGAGCUCGAGGAGAAGGCUGAGGCCGCCUUUGAAGACGCCCUGAAAAACCUGCUCGAAUCGACGGACGCUGACGACGACAAGGAGAAAAAGAAGCAAAAAACGAGCCAGCGCCGCAGACUUCUUCCUCUGAUGACUCGGACUCCGAUCCCGAAAUGCCCGGCACCAGCGGGCUCUCCUUCGGCAAGGGCAAGAAGCGAAAAGCCGUCCACCUUGGGGAGGCCGACCUGGGCCCGUCAGCCGCCCGUGUACAAGCCGACGGAGACCGUGGUGGAACAGCGGAAACGCGAGAAACCUGUCGCCAGGCAGCCGGAAGUGGUCGUCGAGCUGCCAGGGAAAAGGAGGAAGGGAGGACGUAAGGAGCCGCCCAAGGACUUCCCGGCCGUACUGCUCGGCGACUUUGCUGAUCCCGCCCAGCUCCAGGCCCUGGGACUCGAUCAUUUGAGGCAUUCGCUUGAAGCACGCGGCCUGAAGUGCGGUGGAUCGCUGGAGGAGCGCGCGGCGCGUCUCUACUCCAUCAAGGGACUGCCCGCCGACAAAUACCCCAAGAACAUCCGCGCCCCCAAGCCAAAGCCAGCCAAGAAGGGAAGCCAAGCCCGCCAAGCCACCCGUUGGCGCUUCAUUUGUACAAAGUUU